UUUCGAUUUCGUUGCAGUUCACACAGAUUGUCAAGUUAUACAGAUGUCAACGAAAGAUUAGUUUGGACCGCGAUUCGUAUACGAUGUCAACAGAAUCAGAACACAACGCGAUACAACAUUGAACCUUAUGGCAGUUUUGAAUCGCGUGAGGCUCAAGACCCAGAGACAGUCUUUUCCACGACUACCCUUAGCCAAGACACCGUACAGAUAUGGAGAAACGAAACACACGGACUCUAGCUCUUAUCGUUUCCACAAUCACGUACCUUUUAGUAGGCGCAGCCGUUUUCGAUGCCCUUGAAUCGGAGACGGAGAAAAAGAAGAGCGGGUACUACUUUGAUGAGGAACAAAUCAUCCGUACCAAGUACAAUAUGACAGACGUCGACUUCAAUCAUCUGCGAAGGAAUAUCAUUCAGUCCGUGCCGUACAAAGCGGGUACUCAGUGGGAGUUCGCUGGGGCGUUCUACUUUGCUCUUAUUGUGAUAACUACUAUUGGCUAUGGACACAUCACUCCACAGACUGACGCCGGCAAGAUAGUCUGCAUGAUAUACGCUCUAAUAGGUAUUCAAUUGUGCAACGCGAUGUACAAGAGCGUCGGUGAACGGCUGAACAUUUUCGUCACAUACAUUAUGAAGCAGGGCAAAAAAUGCCUGCGCCUCAAGAAGACGGAAGUAGGUCAGACUGAACUCAAAAUAGUUACUUUGAGCCUCAGCCUGAUAGUCCUAAUGCCUGGUGCUGCCGCGUUUAUGCAUUUUGAGAGAUGGGCGUACAUCGACGCCCUGUAUUACUGCUUCAUUACUUUGACCACUAUAGGUUUCGGGGACUUCGUGGCGCUUCAAAAGAAUAACGCGCUAGAAGAACAGCCCCAUUACGUUACCUUUAGUAUUCUGUUCAUAUUGUUCGGUCUGACCGUGAUAUCUGCUGCAAUAAACCUUCUCGAGCCCGUGAUAUCUGCUGCAAUAAACCUUCUCGUGACCGUAAUAUCAGCUGCAAUAAACCUUCUCGUGCUACGGUUCUUGACGACGAACACCAAGGACGAGCGCCGAGACGAACUGGAGACUGUGGACGUCGCCCUUACGGCCAUUCGCCACGACGGUGACGUCAUAACCGGAAACGGAACCGUGGUUUCUCAGGCGCAGGAGUGACCUUAGUACAGUGGUCAUAUUUCGUUUUGUUCUUGUUCGUGCUACAAAAUUCGCUCAAAGGAUAAGCAUAGAUACAAGGUAUUUUACCGUAAAAUGAUUUAUCUUUAAUCAAUAAUGUUUUUUUAUGUAUUGUUAAAUUAAUGUGGAACUUUAUCUGUGCAUCAAACAUUUGAAAUACUAAACGCUAAAUUGAAGAUGAAACAAAGAAAUAACUCAUUUUACGUUAGUCAAGUAUUUUGCUAUGAGGUUUGCUUCAUACCAAACGUCAGAUGAGUUUAUUAAUUCGUGUAUGCGGGUAGAACGAGGAUAUUUAACAAGUCCAGUUAGAAGUUGUUGUGUGGUUUUGUGCUAAUGUCUUAAAGAGCAGUCGUCCAUCACGUCAACUUAUAUUUGUGCCGAAUGCUAUCAAGAAUGGUAUAAUGUAUUUUACUACAUAUACUUUUAUCAAAAGUAAAAGGAUGUUAUACAUACGCAUCUGUUGCCAUGUUUACGUCGUGACAUAUUAAACUGCUGAAUUCACGGUGUUUCUAUAAAUAUUAAAUGUUAUAUAGUGUUUAGCUUACGAACAAUCGGUUGAUAUGCAUAGAGCAGUUGUACACUAUAAAGCAGAGAGCAAUCGGUUGAUAUGCAUAGAGCAGUUGUACACUAUAAAGCAGAGAGCAAUCGGUUGAUAUGCAUAGAGCAGUUGUACACUAUAAAGCAGAGAGCAAUCGGUUGAUAUGCAUAGAGCAGUUGUACACUAUAAAGCAGAGAGCAAUCGGUUGAUAUGCAUAGAGCAGUUGUACACUAUAAAGCAGAGAGCAAUCGGUUGAUAUGCAUAGAGCAGUUGUACACUAUUUAGCAGAGAACAAUCGGUUGAUAUGCAUAGAGCAGUUGUACACUAUUAAGCAGAGAGGAAUCGGUUGAUAUGCAUAGAGCAGUUGUACACUAUUUAGCAGAGAACAAUCGGUUGAUAUGCAUAGAGCAGUUGUACACUAUUAAGCAGAGAGCAAUCGGUUGAUAUGCAUAGAGCAGUUGUACACUAUAAAGCAGAGAACAAUCGGUUGAUAUGCAUAGAGCAGUUGUACACUAUUUAGCAGAGAGCAAUCGGUUGAUAUGCAUAGAGCAGUUGUACACUAUUUAGCAGAGAGGAAUUAAUGAUUGUAUUCUAUUCAGCGAGUCUAUCUGACGAGGUUACAUUUUAAACUUGUAAUAUAUGUUGCAUUUGUUGUGUACUAUAAUAAGAGUGUGGUAAUUUUUGUAUUAUGUAUACAUUUCAACGCAUGUUACUUAUUGUUCUGUCAGGUCACGUCCAUUAUAUGUGUGAAUGCUUAAAUGCUAACAGUGAAUUCUUUUGUAAAUUAGACAAUAUUAUAGUCAACAACUGUUUACAAUGUUUCAAAAGGAAGCUCAACACAGAUGUAUUUAAUAGUGUUAUUAACAUAAUAUUUAUCUUUGAUGUGCAGUUGUUAACAAUUAUGUUACACUAUAUAAUGCAUGAGUGAUUUAAAUAAAUUCAAAGUAGAUUGCAAACGCAUCGACACUUUUCAUGUUAAAUGUGGAGGUUAUUUUUGGGGGUUUUGCAUUAUUGUUUUUAUAAACAUAUAGAUGCCAUAUUUAAUAAUGUAUACUUUUAAAACCGUCAUGCAUUGUUUUCAGAGUAGGUCUGAUAACUUAUAAAAUACGGUUGUUUAUGUCUUUUAAAAGCACAAUUAUUUGAUUCUGGACGAUUUAUGUAGCAGUCAAUGUAUGAUAGAAUGUUAUUGCGUCUAUUGGACAUCUGUUUCAAAUUUGUGUCUCAUUACAACUGUUUAACAAUGUAAUCCCCCGUGUUAACUCUAAAAUGCGUAUUUAUUUUGAGCUAUAGUUAUACGAUUAACGAUUAACAAUUCUUUUAACAAUUGGUCAUAGUUAGAUGACGUCAAACGGAUUUAUGUGAUGAUAUACGUUAGCCAGUCUGCGAUACUUUAAACAGAUUUUGCGCCCGUUUAAAUAAUAUAUUUAUAAAUAUCAAGAUGCGACAUCAGUAUUUUUUCGCAUACACAAUUGCUUUUUUAUUUAGGAUAUAGGUUUUCAUAUUUUUAUUUAAAGGAAUACACAGUCGUAUGCUUGUCCUAAUACAUAAUGUCUUUAAUUGGGGCGUUUUUAUUCCGGGCAGUUAUUAACUGUAACAGUAGGCAAUAUAGUAGAUAUCACCCCCUUGGUGCAAAAAGGUACCAUGUUACAUUGAAAUAAGAAGGCACAUGGUACCUUUAUGCACCAUUGGGGCGAAUAUAAUCCAAACAACUUUAGUAAAAUGUCAUGUGCCUAAUAUUCAGUUCACAGAUAAUUUAGUUAUUAAAAAAACCCACAUACAUUCGAAAACUUAGUUUUUAUUAGGUAAGACAUUUAUUUUAUGUUAUACACUGAAUAAGAGAUGCGUUUCAUAUACCAUUAUAGGUUCAGUAUUCCAGUAGGUGAUGAGCCGUCCCUUUUUAAUGGCCGUCUUAAUAUCAUAGCUUUAAUUUAAGAAUUUUUGUGACGUUUCUUUGAUAAAGUAAUAAUUUGCAUACGCUAUACUAUUCUGUCGCUUUUUGUCGCUACAGUAACAUCAACCUGAUUAGCCUAUGCGGAUUGCAAAGGCUAUCUGGGACGACACUUUACGCGUAUGCAUCAAACCCCCUCAAACUCCAAUCAAAUAAGAACAUUCGCAUUAUAAGAUUAAAUUUGUUCUAAUCAAAACAGUUUCAUUUAGUUAGCUUAACAUGAAAGCAUGCGAUGUAAACCCAGUUGUCUUGAGAUUUAAAGCUAUAUGAAAAGAUAGAACAUUAAGUCAUUACACUUGAUAAACUUCUAUAUCAAAUGAACAUGCGAUCAAACACGAAAUCGUGCACUCAUGUUUUCAACUUAAGGUUUCGGCUCAAAAAAUGAUGUUUGCUUUCAUGUAUUAAACACAAAUAUGUAUUUUUGGGGUGAACAUUUAUCCCAACUAAAUUGUGUUAUAGCAAUAAAGUUGUCCAAAUAAUACCACGACAAAAUGAAUGUUUACGUCCAAACCUACUUAGUAUUAAACAGUCAAAGCAAACCCAUAAAGCUGAACAUUGAAACCGUUUAACCACAGCCCACCAUCUGUAGUAAACUAGGCAAAGCAAUUUUGUAAAUGAUGUUCCUAUGAUACUUAAACAUUUGUUGAUCAUGCUUGAUGAGGCAUGGUUUGAUUAGUCCGACUCCGUAACAUCACAUCUGCAUGCAAUUACGGCACGGAGUGUGGAACGUCGAACCAAUCUGAAACAUGACUGUACAAUAAUAAGGUGUGUAGAAAGGAACGAUGGUUUGCUUUCAUUAUAGAGCAAUGCGCGUAUACAGUUUUUUCUUAACCUGGUAUUUGCCAGGUAUUUGCAAUCUUUAAGAGU